AUGACAGCUCCCAGGAAGCGGACCGAUGUGGUUUUAAUAGAAUCGGACGAAGAUGUGCCACCCACAAAGAUAGCCAAGCUGUCAAACGGUAACAGACGUAGAGAACCAUUAAGGAAACCCUAUAUGACAUCUGAUGUCGAUUCAUCUGACGAAGAUGUAUCAAAUUCUCAAGGAGAAGAGUUACAACAACUGCAAAAUCAAACACUUCAACAGGAUGUUUCAUCAUCCGAGUCUCCAUUUGGAUCUUCAUCAUCACCAGAAGAUUCUUCCUCAGAUUCAGAUAAUCCAAAUAAAUCAUCACUUGAACCAAUUUCAGUCGAAGAAUAUAAGGCUAGUGUUAGCGAGGCUGCCGCACUCGCAGGGGAAGAACAUCCACAAAGUAUUCAAGACCCAACACAGGUACCGCCUGAAGUUCGUCUUGAAACUAGAAAAUACCUUAAAGCAAACGGAAUAAUGAACUUUUUGGAUAAAUAUUUACCAACUACUGCAUCUGCAGAUGAUAUACUCAGUUUGAUUCUUAGAUUAGGUUUUCUUCCAAAGGACAUAGGCGAAUAUGAAGAUGAAGACAAUCUAAUUAGAUUAAUUCAAAUCCUUAAUCUUGCGAUGAAGAAAACUUUAAGUAUGAGAAAUAGACUUUCUGAUUUUAAUACAAUGGAUGAUUUACUUGCCAAAAUUGAAUCUUCGAAAAAAAUCAUGGUUAUUACUGGUGCUGGUAUUUCAACAUCUCUUGGUAUACCUGAUUUCCGUUCUUCAAAGGGGUUUUAUUCUCAAUUACAACAUUUAGGAUUAUCAGAUCCACAAGAAGUAUUUGAUUUAGAUUUUUUUCAUACAGAUCCUACUAUUUUCUAUCUGAUUGCCCAUAUGAUUCUCCCACCAGAGAAUUCAUACACACCAUUGCACACAUUCAUUAAGUUAUUACAAGAUAAGGGUAAAUUGUUACGUAAUUAUACUCAAAAUAUUGAUAAUCUUGAAGGAACAGUUGGGAUAGAACCUGAACGUUUAAUUCAAUGUCAUGGAUCCUUUGCAUAUGCGCUGUGUAUUACUUGUGGAUAUCAAGUGAAAGGAGAUGUGAUUUUCCCUGAAAUUAGAAAGAAAGAAAUUGCAUAUUGUCCAAAAUGUUCACCAAAGAGGAAAAAAUUACUUGCUAAAGAUGAUGUAUACGUUCAAGAAAGUUUUGGAGUUAUGAAGCCAGACAUUACAUUUUUCGGAGAACCAUUACCAUCUAGGUUUCAUAAAAUGAUCAAACAAGAUAUUGUAGAUUGUGAUUUACUUAUAUGUGUUGGUACAUCACUUAAAGUGGCUCCAGUUUCACAUAUUCUUGAUAGAGUACCGGAAGAUAUUCCACAGAUUUUAAUUAAUAAGGAUCCCAUUGAUCAUUUCAAUCUUGAUAUCAGUUUAUUGGGAUAUUGUGACGAGGCUGCCAGCUAUUUAUGUAACAAAUUAGGAUGGAAUCUCCCGCAUAAAGAUUACGAUAGUAUUCGUGGACCAAAUGGUAGUAACCUUACGCUUGAGACAUUAGAUGCAGUAAAUGGGGUGUUCCAGGUGAACAAGAAGAAUUAA